CGUGAUACCAUCGAGUAAGUAAAACCGGAAGCGCUGUAACGGCAGCAGAGAUGGCGUCCACAGCGGCGACUCGAGCUGCAGCUGGUGCUGCUAAAGUUGUUAAACCGAUUUUUAGCCGGGACCUGGACGAAGCUAAGCGCAGGGUCCGGGAACUGUACCGAGCGUGGUACCGAGAGGUCCCUAACACAGUGUCAUUGUUUCAGCUGGACAUCACAACCCGUCAGGGAAGGGACAAAGUGAGGGAGAUGUUCGACAGAAACAAGCAUGUCACUGACCCCCGUGUGAUUGACAUGUUGGUCAUUAAGGGGAAAAUGGAACUGGAGGAAACGAUUCACGUCUGGAAGCAGAAGACCCACGUAAUGCGCUAUUUCUACGAGACUGAGGAACCUCGUCCCACUGACUUCCUGUCCAAAUUCUACCGGGGUCAUGACCCAUGAACUGUGUAGCUGUCUGCUAACCUCUGACCCCUCUUUGCUUGUGUCCAGUGUGACGGAUGCCCCCCUUUAUUGUAAAUACAUACUUAACACUCA